UCGGCUGGUUUCUCACACGCUUGUUUUUGCCAGUUGGACUAAAGGCGCAUAAACUUCUUAGAAACUUUGUCAACAAAACAGAAAACGGCAUUCAAACAAAAAGGAACAGAAUGCCAACUUGCAAGAUCCUCUUUUUUCUCCUUCUUGUACUGUGUACAUCGUCUGGGAAAUGUGAUGAGUUAUAUCAGCAAGUCGGGGGUGAGGUUUCCAUGAAUUGUGGUGUCUUACAUCCGAACAGUGAUGUAGAAUGGAAAUUGAACGACAUUCGCAUUAUUACCAUUAGGGGGAAAAGUGGAAGUAAAAUGAAAGGUAGUUCCCAUGUUAAGGAUAAAGUAAAGAUAAAUGAUGGAACUUUGAAGGUUCCCGACCUGCAGAAAGCAGACUCUGGAGUUUAUACCUGCGUUCAGACAGGGAAACAACACACUCUGCAUGUUGUGUCAGUCUUUGCUAAGCCAGGCCCAGUGCUGGUGCAGUCUAGUAAUGCAGAGCUGCACUGCGACAUUACAGGAAAACCAAAUGCUGAAGUACAGUGGCUGAAUCCCGCUAAUGAUCAAACAAAUUAUAAAAAACAAGUGAUUGAGCUGACGUCUGUGACUUCAAACGACCAGGGCCAGUGGACAUGUGUGGUCAAGGAUGACUUGAAGUUCAGUUUAACAUUGACUGUUGUCGGUCUCCUGACCAAAGCUGUUGAAGUUCCUGAAGGGGGCAAAAUAGUGCUGCCCUGUUCUCUUUCUCAGAGUGUAUCUCAACCUGUUGUGGGUGGGAAGUGGACGGCUGACCAACUCCCAGACUCUUUCCCAACCCUGGUGAAAUCAGACAGCAAAGGCUUACACUGGAAGGGCGAGAAUUCAACAAAAGUCACAUUUACUAGUGGACAACUCAGCACAAACUAUGAUGUCACAUUGAUAAAUGCGGAGCGUAGUGAUGAAGGGGACUAUGUGUGUACAGUGAAGUUCGAGGGAGGAGCAGUGCUAACUGCAAAGACGAAUUUGACGGUUGUGGCCAAACCUUCAGGUGGACAGGAAGUCACUAAAGUACGAGGGAAAAAACCUGCAGGUGUGGGAACAUGGACCAAGGAGAUGUUUGGCUUACAGCUGUGGGUCUGGAUUGCCAUAGGAGUCAGUUCUGUGGUUCUGAUCGGACUUGUCGUUGUGAUUGUUCUCGUCCAGCGAAGGAACAAACGAAUUAAGAAGAGAGUGAAAAAUCGGAGAUCCAUGCGGCAGCCUCUUACUGCCAAAGACUACUGCCAAUGCAACAGAGCUAAGACAGAGUUUGAGGUGUUGGGACAGCAAGACAGACCGCUUCCAGUGCCCAGAAAACAGCGCAACCUGCGUACACAUCCAGCAGGCCAAAACCAUUCAAUCGACAAGAGCAAAGAGCAAGACUACUGAGAAAAAAAAAAUCAUGCCAUGCUGGGCCUGUGCUUUUAUAUGUGCUUCUUGCUUAAUGAUGCCAAAAACACAAAUGAAUGAAUAUGCCCUGAUUAGGCUACUGUACUUUUAAAUCAAAUCAUGUGUAUUUUGCAGAGUAUAUAAUAUAAAUGUUUUCACAACUGUGCUUUUUGAAUGACAAGAAUGUUGAAUGUUGCAGUUUUUCUUUCAAAAAUAAAUUUUUUAUAUUCUUUUAACAUG